GCCGACGUCUUAAUGUCCGUGCCACUGUGUAGCCUGCUGUGUUGUAAUAAAAACAACCGCCUUUCUGGUAUCUAAAAGUAUAUUAGGAAUGAAUGCGAAUGCAAUUAAUAACUCUGAUCAAAAGCAACAAUAAUGGAGGAUAAAUACCAUAAAAAGCGGGCACAGUAUUUAAAUUUUAAGAGGGAACGUUCCCCAGUAUUACUCUUAUUCAAUUAAAAGUUAAUUUCUAAACAAUUAAGUAUGAAACUAAUGUCCGUCUUCGGUAUGACACUGAACACCGUAAUCCUCAGUGAUUUACUAGAAAAUCAAAAAUGAAAAGAACAGGGCAAAAAUGAAUUAAAGGUCAGGGACUAUUGGUUCUUUGCAGUACCACUGCUUUACGAUUCAUUGAUUUCGUCAUUAUCCGAUCAGUCUAAACGGCGCAAUCGCCCACAAAAUGUCUACAACGAUAAGAAAAUACGGUAAAUCCAUUACCCUUGGUACCAGCUACGACAAACUGCUAAAAGUAAUUCGAUGUUGUGAGGAGUUUUGGAAACAGAAGCUGACGGUUGUUAUGGUGAUGCGUUAGCUGCCGGACCAAACUGUACUGACGUCAUCGAUGGACGUGUGCGUAGCACGCUGUUUAGGGAAGUGACGUUUAAACUGCAGAGAUGUCUGAAGGUGCAUCAAAGCUAAGUGGUCCCAUCCCCCCAGAUCCAACAUUAUUCCCAGAGUACUACAAACGGCCUACAUCAGCUCGUGGAAGAUUGGAAGGAAAUUCUGUGAAGCUUGACUUACUGUCUGGACCACUGGCACCUGAUCCCAGACUGUAUCCCUCAUGCUAUAGUGCACGUCCAUUGCAGGCUGCACCAAGAAUCCGUCCCAAUGCUAAAGAGAUCCUGGAGAGAGGGCAGAAGGGCACUGUUGGUGUCUUGCUUCAGCUGGACGAAGAUUUGGUACAGAAUAACCCACCUUUGAAAAAGAAGCAACCAAAAGACCAUGAGAAGGAGAAUGUGCGGAGAAUGCGUGAGAUCCAGAAGAAAUGUCGUGAACGAGAACAGGAGUUAGAGCUUGGCAAACCUCAGCCUAUUAAAGCAUUGUGGAAGUCACAGAAGUAUGAGAAUGUACCAUCCAAAGUGAUGGCACAGUUGCAGGAAGUGACACCUCCCAAAAUUUCAGAUCAGCCUGUAUACUUGAAGGCUCAUUCCCGUUCUGGAUAUGGAAUGCCUCCUCGUCGGUCAGUGUCCCCAUCUCCAAGACAAACUGCACCAGCAGAUGAUUCUGACUCACUGAAGUUGCAGGUAAAAGGUGUAAACAUUGAUUUUGUCAGCCAUAAUGCACGAAAUGCAAAGCGAAGCUCAAUCCGGAGGUCUCGGUCCAUGCAGAUGCUAUCAGAAGUGUUGGAGAAGAAACAAUGCGAUCUGCAGGAAUAUCAUAACAAGCAGAAGGGUCACAUGCCGCAGUAUUUACUUGAACGGAGGGAUCAGUGGCGCAGAGAAGCAGAGGAGAGGCGAAAGAAUGCGCUGGACCCUAGCAUGCCUCCAGGACAUACAUUGAUGCCAGAAAGUGAAAGACUAGAAACACUCAGCACUUUAAAACAAACCCAACAGCAGCUUCUUAAGGAAUUACUGACACUCCCAGUUCGAGCAGAUAACUUGAGUAUGCAGAAUCGACGGACACAACUGGAUAAAAAACUUUCUGAAAUCGAGGAAGCCAUCAAAAUCUUCUCAAGACCCAAGGUUUUCAUCCAGAAUGACUCAUAAUACUAAAUAAUUCUUUAUUUGAACUCCUUCCUAUAUAUCUGGUUCAGUUCUACAGACAGUUGUCCACACACUUUGUCAGUAUCUGCUUUUUUCUGUCUGGUAACCCCCCUUCAGCUUUCCUUUUGCACAGCCUUCCAGCCACACAGAAAAGGUGGACAGAGCUUGUUACUGGAGGCAAACCUGGUAGUUUACAGUCCUCCUUUACUAGUGUUACUUUGUGCCAGUCUUAGGAUGAGAGAGCUUACUGUUGAUUUCAGUAAACAGUGAUACCAUUUGCCUGCUGCUGAAUGGAAGCCAGUGUGAUUUGAGUCAGUGAGAUUCUGGGGGACAAAAGCAGGUUGUGAGUUUGGAACUGGACUAUGACACGGAGAAACAAGAAAAUGGAAUAUCAGGUUGACCUCUGAAACCUGAAAACAUGUCUGUUUAGUGUGACUGUUAAAAAUGAGGUCCUCGAUAUUCUGUCUACGCCACACAUGAACCUCAACCAUUGCAUAUUAAUUUUCUCAAAUGGCACUAAAGACUUCAGAGACACUUUUCAUAUGUUAUGGGAAAUAAAAAAAAAUUGAAAUGUGUAUUAUCUCAUAAAGUAAUUUUUAUUAAACACUUUGGUGAUUAAAUUUUCUUAUAACUUGAUAGUUCUACAAGAAGUCAAAUUGGGAACAGCAGGUUGGAGACAUAGGUGCCCAUAAAUUCUGUGCUAGUAGGUAUAAGAAUUCUGUGUUAAAAACAUGGGGGGAUGCAUUCAUCUUUCUGUAUUAGACUGAACUUUUUUGAAAUCACUGCAGGUAUUCUGCAGUACAGUGGAAUACAUAAAACUGUUAAUAAAAAACAGUACUGAUAUUACAGGACUGUAAUGCAGAUGCGUUACAUUGACUGAGUAUUACUCAAGGUAGUUUGAGUUAUGCAGUGAAGUUCCCAUAGACAGCUGGGCAGGAUUUCAGAGAUAUAGUGUUAAAUUAUUAAAUAAUGUAUUGCCUGUCUGUAGGUGAACUGUGUGUUUGCAGUUAUGUGAAGCCCAAAUGAUUUUUGUUUUCUGUUUCCCCUGAAAUUUGUUAAACGAGUUCUCUAUUUCAGAAGGUUUUUUUACAGUGUUUUUACAAUCACAGAUUUUAAGUUUGGCUGUUUCUUAACAUUUAUAAUUUUGGGUUGUGUUUUUUCCAGUUUCUUCAUGCUUCAUUUGUGCAAUAACCAGUUAAACUGGGAUUAAACCAUUUAUUUUACUGAUA